GAGUCUGUCCUCCAAGCCUUCAUAAUCCACGAUAAAUUGUUUUGUUGUCUUUCGCCGUAGACUUCAUUCAAGACUUCUUACUCAUAUCCUUCUCGCAAGUCUAUUGCAACCUGCCCCUCCUUCAGCCGGGUCAAAACGGCUGGGGUCAAAAGUUCCUUCUGACUCUCUACUCUCUCUCUCAUGAUUGUACCCCUCUCAACUAUUAAUCAUGUCCAUUAAACGGGCCCUCUCCAAGAUCGUCCCCAAUAAAAUCGACACGGCCGAUGGAUCUCCCGCUUCUAGCAGGCGUUCAGGGUCAAUGUCCCCGCGCCGGUCUAUCCUGAGCGGAUUUCUGCGGGAUCGCGGCGGCUACGCAUCCUCAUCUGAUGAUUUGUCGGACGACUCCUCAUCCCCAACCACGGGGACGAUGAGUAAAAAUCAACAGAAGCGCCUUGCGCGACAGCAGCGCCGACAAGCGCGCUCUCGUCUCAGUGAGGAGCACCAUUCCGAGGAAUCAGAACGUCACAAGGAGGCUGUCGCAACCGCCGCCCGCGACGAGACCCCCGAGAUGAAAGCGCGAUAUGGUGAGCUGCCCCUUCUCCAGUCGCGCACUCGCUCGCGGGAGCUCCGGACCAAAUUCGAGGAUAUUUCGGCAGAUUCAGUGGGGAAGGAAGUUCUCUUCACAGCGCGUCUACAUAUCAUCCGUCGCAUGAGCGCCAAGCUGGUUUUCCUGGUCUUUCGCCAGCAGCUGGUCACGUUUCAGGGUGUUUUGCAUGAAGUUCCAGGCAAAAAUUCCAUCGCAAUGGUGCAAUGGGUGGAGCACCUUCGCGUGGGUUCUAUAGUACAGAUUCGCGGCACCAUCCAAGCUCCAGAGGUGCCCGUGUUGGGUUGCACCAUCCAUGACGUCGAACUAGCCGUUGAUGCAGUUCACGUCAUCGUUCGUCGUGAGGAACCUGUUCCGUUUAGUGUCUAUGAGGCGGAGAUCCAGACUCCCGAAGAAGAGCGCGUCGAAGGCCGUCGUAGUCACAUCCCUGACCGGACUCGUCUAACCAACCGUUUGCUGGAUUUGCGUACUCCAACUUCUCAGUCAAUCUUCCGUAUUCAAUCGGGAGUGGGAAACCUUUUCCGGAACGCCCUGGACGAGCAAGGGUUCAUCGAGAUCCAUACGCCCAAGCUGCAAGGGUCUGCUACCGAGUCCGGUGCCAGUGUGUUCGAAGUGAAUUACUUUGGUCGGGAUGCAUUUCUGGCUCAAAGCCCGCAGUUAGCCAAACAAAUGGCGAUUGCGGCGGACUUUGGCCGAGUGUAUGAAAUUGGUGCCGUGUUCCGCGCGGAGAACUCCAACACCCACCGCCAUUUGACGGAGUACACGGGGCUGGACAUUGAGAUGGCAAUUGAAGAGCACUACCAUGAGAUGCUUGAGGUGCUAGAUGCUGUGAUUAAGAAUAUACUAAAGGGCGUCUAUGGCCGCUUCCGUCGCGAGGUCGAGACGGUGAAACAGCAAUUCCCGUCCGACGACGUCGUCUGGCUUGAAGAGACACCUAUUAUUCGUUUCAGCGAUGGUAUUAAAAUGCUCAACGACUCCGGGUGGCGUGAUGAGGAGGGGAACCUCCUGCCGGAAGAUGAGGAUUUGCACACGCGCGACGAGAUCCGACUUGGAGAGCUUGUCAAGGAGAAAUUCGGCACGGAUUACUACAUUCUCGACAAAUUCCCCGUCGGUGCCCGUCCCUUCUACACGAUGCCUGAUCCUGAUGACAACCGCUUCACUAACUCCUUUGACAUUUUUAUUCGAGGCCAAGAGAUUGUCUCGGGCGGUCAACGUAUCCAUGAUCCCCAUAUGCUGGAGGAGAAUAUGCGCCGCGUGGGCAUCAAUCCUGAGACCAUGGAGGAGUAUAUGGAGGGCUUCCGAUGGGGUGCGCCUCCCCAUGCCGGUGCCGGGGUGGGCCUAGAGCGCUUCUUGAUGCUUCUUCUCAAGUUGGGUAACAUUCGUCUCGCGUCUCUGUUCUAUCGCGACCCUAAGAGUUUCCCGGCCAAGCCUCCAACCGUCCAGUUGCGGCACCCGGAGUCUUCGACUGUCGAACCAUCUUGGGUACGCGACAAGAAAGGCCACUUAGCGCCCGAUGAGAGCCACUUACAGCCCAUCGAGCAUCUCAUCGCGAAUUAUGGCGAUGCGACUUCCACAUCCUGGGGAGAUGAGCGAUUCAAGAUUUGGCGUGAUCUGGCGACUGGUGCAGCCAUCUCAUACGUGCCCAGCAGCAGUAACUAUGCAGUGAUUCCAGGCAAUCCGCUGUGCGAUCCCCGGCAGUAUGGCCGCGUCAUCACUCAGUUCUUGCAAUGGUUGCGUCGUGAGACCAAGUAUAAGCCAAUUUGGCUUCUAUGCUCUCCAGAAGUUGAGGCUAUUCUGGGCGAGAAGCUUGGCUGGCGUAGCUUGUCCUGCAUCGCGGAGGAACGUGUAGAUCCGUCCCGCAACCAGGCCGCUUCAGACGGAGAAAUUGCUCGGAAGAUCCGGCACUCGGAGAGCGAGGGUAUCAAGCUCGUGAGCAUGAAUCAGGGUGAGAUGGUGCCGGACAAUAUCCGCGAGAAGAUUGAUCAGCGUAUCCAAGACUGGUUGGCCAACCGCAAAGGCACUCAAGUGCAUCUGUCUGAGAUCCAACCGUGGCGUGACCAUGCGCAUCGCUGGUACUUUUACGCAGUCAGCAAGGAAGGCACUAUUUGCGCGUUUGUUGCUUUGGCCACUCUGUCCCCCUCUUAUGGUAUGCAGGUGAAGUACAGCUUUGACUUCCCAGGGUCUCCAAAUGGCGUCAUUGAACAUAUCGUCACCCAUGCCAUUCAGACCGCGGCCCGAUCUGGGGUCAAAUCACUUACUUUUGGCGCUGGAGCGACCACCACUCUCACACCGGGGCAUAACAUGCACGGGGCCAAGGUGAAGAUGCUGCAGCAUACCUACGAAACCUUGGCCAAGCAAUUCCAUCUUGUUCGCAAGAGCGAGUUCCGUGCGAAAUUGGGAGCACGGGAUGACCCCCUUUACAUCGCCUAUCCACCUCAUGGGUUAGGGUCAAAGGGUAUUCGAGCUGUUCUUCACUUCUUUGAAGAUUAAUGUUCUACAGGCGUUGACUAAAUGACUUUCCUUUGAAAAUCCUUUUAAGGGCGAUUAUAAACGGAUUCAUCAGUUUGGACAUUUCCAUACCCCCCGAAACGUAUUCCCCAUAGUGUUCUGUCUUUGUUACUUUUUGUUGCUGCUGUUGUUUUUGUCCCUCACAUAAUGAACCCUGUUCCUGUUUGACUUAUUG